AUGAAAGCUCUUUCAAACACUUUUAUAGGAGACGUUUUGCUGUUUAUUUCGCUCGCUUUUAUCAGCUGGUUUCAAUAUUUCAAAGUUCGCGGAAGCCAUCAUGAAACGUGUGAUCGAGAAUAUACCAAGGUUGGCUGCGUCCACACUUACCAGAACCGAAAAAGAAUCUACAACGAGCUAAUUAUCACUGAUCGCGACAGCCGCUCUCCAAAAUCAAGUGAUAUUCCUACUGACUGGUUUCACUGGGAGGAAUACUUGCUUGGAUUAGCCUGUCGAUGUGUCGAGAAAUUGAACAAAAUCUCAAAUGGUAAUUUAAGUCUUUUCCAUCAGUUUACGAUUGAAAACUACGGCGAAUGCUGGAGUUCUCGGUUCGGUCACGACGCUCUGCAUUCUCUUACGAAAUCCAACAACUGCAUAGGAGCUGGCUUUCUGGAAUGCCAGCAAAAUCGCCCAGGAGAAUGUACUGGCAUCAAACUUUCCAGUUUUCUUUAUCAAAUACACAACAGAACGAAGCUACUCGACGAACAUUGCCAUAUCGUGAAGCGAAUCGUCUGUCCUUCUUCGACGAUACAAUGGAAUUCAUCUUUGCCCUUGCAAUCACCAAUGACGGACCAGACAACGUUCAUAAAUUCGACACGAACUCAGCAACACACGGCAUCUCAAGUUCAAAUAAGUCCUUCUACAACAACCUUAAACCAGACGAUCAGUAGAGAAAACGACAGCUCUUUACGCGUACUUCAAAGCUCUGAUAUUCAAAACAUUACCAGCAAAGAACAUUUCAUGACUUCUACUAUAGACUUCUCCGUUGUGGAAUCCAACAUUGAGAAUCAUUCAAGUGAUAAUGGCCCAAUAAAAUCUUCUCAAACACACGCUUUAAUAACACCUUCAACUGCGGAGAAGAUAACAAACAUAAGACUCUAUGACUACUGGUAA